AUUUUUCCUAGUGAUGAUUCUACAGAUUCUAUCUCGAGUGACCCUCCACAUCCUCCUGUUCUUCCGCCUUCUCUAUCUCCCGAUGAUUCCAGACCGGACGAUGAUCCUGCUCCUACCGUCAUGCCUCCUCCUCCCGCUCGUUCUUCUAAGGUAAGGAAUCCACCUCCUCAUCUUCUUGAUUACCAUUGCUUUUCUACUAUUCUUCAUCAACAUGAACCUAAGACAUUCAGAGAAGCCUCCUCAAACCCAAAUUGGCAACAAGCAAUGCAAGAAGAAUUACAGGCACUUGAAAAAUCACACACCUGGGAUCUGGUUGAUCCUCCUUGUGAUCAGGAAGUUGUGGGCAGUAGAUGGGUAUACAAGAUCAAGACUCGCUCUGAUGGCUCUAUUGACCGUUAUAAGGCCCGCUUGGUUGCUCAAGGUUGUACGCAAGAGUAUGGUAUUGAUUAUGAAGAGACUUUUGCCCCUGUCGCUCGUCUUACGUCUGUUAGAGCUCUUCUUGCCAUUGCGGCAGUUAAAAAAUGGUCUCUCAGUCAGAUGGAUGUGAAGAAUGCAUUUCUUAAUGGGGAUUUGAAAAAGAAAGUCUAUAUGAAGCCACCUCCGGGAUAUCCUUGUCCUUCUAAUAAGGUUUGUCUCCUUCGCAAGGCACUUUAUGGA